CCCGGCGGCCCCCGCGGCGCCUCCGGCUGCGGAAGCGGCGGCGCUGUGGGCGUCGGGCAUUCGCGCGGCGGCGAUGGCGGCCCAGAAGAUCAACGAGGGGCUGGAGCACCUGGCCAAGGCGGAGAAGUACCUGAAAACUGGAUUUUUAAAAUGGAAGCCAGACUAUGACAGUGCUGCCUCUGAAUAUGGAAAAGCAGCUGUUGCUUUCAAAAAUGCCAAACAGUUUGAACAAGCAAAAGAUGCCUGCCUGAGGGAAGCUGUUGCCCAUGAAAACAAUAGGGCUCUUUUUCAUGCUGCCAAAGCUUAUGAGCAAGCUGGCAUGAUGCUGAAGGAGAUGCAGAAGCUUCCGGAGGCCGUGCAGCUGAUUGAGAAGGCCAGCAUGAUGUACCUGGAGAAUGGCACUCCCGACACGGCCGCCAUGGCCCUGGAGCGAGCCGGCAAGCUUAUAGAAAAUGUAGAUCCAGAAAAGGCUGUACAGUUAUAUCAGCAGACAGCUAAUGUGUUUGAAAAUGAAGAGCGCCUCCGGCAGGCGGUUGAACUACUGGGAAAAGCUUCAAGACUGCUAGUGCGAGGACGCAGGUUUGAUGAGGCGGCAAUCUCUAUUCAGAAAGAAAAAAAUAUUUAUAAGGAAAUUGAGAAUUACCCAACUUGUUAUAAGAAAACGAUUGCUCAAGUCUUGGUUCACCUGCACAGAAAUGACUACGUGGCUGCUGAGAGGUGUGUCAGGGAGAGCUACAGCAUCCCUGGCUUCAAUGGCAGUGAAGACUGUGCGGCCCUGGAGCAGCUGCUGGAAGGCUACGACCAGCAGGACCAAGAUCAAGUGUCAGAGGUCUGCAACUCGCCCCUCUUCAAGUACAUGGACAACGACUAUGCUAAGCUGGGCCUGAGCUUGGUGGUUCCAGGAGGGGGAAUCAAGAAGAAGUCGCCAGCAACACCGCAGGCCAAGCCUGAAGGCAUCAGCGCAGCAGCUGCCGAGGAGGAGGAGGACGAGUACUCAGGAGGCCUGUGCUAGCACCGUGCCUGCGGGAAGAGCGAGGCAGAGGGUCCCGGCACGCACCUUCCCGGACCUGGGGCUUGCCUGGGGCACCCGCACUUCAGUGAAGUCAGGAUUUUGAAUGCUAACAGAGGUGAAUUUUUAGUUACCGUGAUCCAUUUCCCUGAGUCAGCUUCUGCCUGUGAAGCAUUGUAAGAGCAAGAAUUAGCCGAAAACAUACUGUCACAUGUUAAUAAGUCAAUUUUAAAACUUACAAGCUACAUUCUAGACAAAUUAUCCUAAACAAAAGGAACAAUAGGCAUAGAUAUUCUUCUUUCUUGGGGUCUUGUAAUUUAUUGUAGAAAUUUUCAUUUGCAUUUUAUUUAAUAUUGCUGCUAAAAGUGAUGUUUACUGGUAAGAAUGAUUAUUUUGAAACUUUUUGUUUUGCAGAAAAGGAAAUUUAUCUCCCAUGAUAUUAGAUAUCUUUAAAUUAUUAAAUCUUUUCAGAGACAAGAUUGGUACAGAAGUGAUUUUGAGCCUCACAGUAAAAGAUGCAUUUAAGCUUUUAUAAGUGAUCUCACCAAAUUCUAAAGGUAGCAUGUUAGAAUGAUAACUGUAAAUGUCUCUAGUCCUUUCUGAAGUGUGGGUAUUUCUUCCAUCCAAAAAACAAACAAAAAAAAGCAUACAGCGUGACUGGUCUGAAAUCCUCCUUGACUCUUGACCCAACGGGAGCCAGUGGAAACCUUCUGUGCAUUUGGAGGAGGAGGUCAGGAUUGCAUCGGUCUAGUGUGCGUGGGCUUCUUCUCCGAAGUGGUCUCUCGCAGAGUUGCAGCUUGACCAGCUCUUCCUGAAUCGGGAGGUGCUGUGCCCUGCUCACGUUUAGCUGGGAGGGACGAUGCAUUUAAAGCCCGGGACUGCGGAUGCUCUCACACUUCGUGGCGUCUUCCUCAAACGUCAUUUUAAAGCAUUCAUUCCUUUUGCAGCCGGGUGGCUUAGAGCGUUGCAUCAUCUGUUCAUCGGAGGCAGGCUAGGACAGCAGCAGGUGUGCCCGCAGGCUUCCAUUGGCUGGCACAUCCUAGAGCAGCCCUUGUUGAUACGGUCCGCUUAGUCUGGACCUCUGGAAGCACCACAGGAGUGCCAUGGUGACUGGCCAUGGUCACUGUGGCCAUGGGCAGGACUCAGGUGGAGAAGCACCCUUUGGCAGGUGUGCCUGCGUGGGUGCACAUUAGGAUGCUGUCUGGUUUGUAGGUCUGAUGCAAAACACUAAUAAAUUCAAUGCUUUAAGUUACUUGUAGAGUUGGCAGGCAGCUAGCUCAUUUUCAUUAAUUACAUUGAGAUCAUGAACAAUCUGAAUAAAGCUGUAUCUAGGCAUUUUUAUUUAAAGAGAAAUCAAUGUUUCUAAGGCUCCAUCAUUGCUGUGUGUACUCUUUAGAUCCAGUCAGAAACUUCUGGAGUUAUAUAUUAAUGCUCAUUUGAGCUACUUCGCUGUGUUUAAACAGAUUUGGUGGUACUCAAAGAUAUUUUAGA